AUCGUUAAUAAAUUCCUGUCAUUCAAAGGCUGGAUUCCUUUGGGUAGACUCACCUAUUGUGUUUAUCUUUUGCAUCCGAUCAUUAUACGAUCAAUUAGUUUAUACAAUGAAACAACAAUACAUUUAGAAUUUCUGCCGUUUGUUGUUCUAUCUAUGGGAUACAUUGUGGUUAGUUACUUUUGCGCUUACGUAUUAUUUAUAACAGUGGAAAUACCUUGUCUUCUUUUAAUGCGAACGUUUAUUCAAAACCGUUCAACUAACAUAAUAGUUAAAAAGGUACUUUAAUAUAAAUCGCAUUUUAUGCAAGAUAUUAUAGCUAUUAAAAAGACGAUAUUUCUCUAAUUUAAUAAAACUGUGAACUUUGUCACAAUUUAUACAUAAGUUCUUCAAAAAAUAACAUGAGGAUGGAAAGGGGCAUUAUAUGUCGGGAAAGCAAAGAAUUCCGGGAUCACUUGUUCGAUCCCGUGAGGAUGAACAUGAGGGAGAGGAGGAGGUGGGAAAAUCUCUUCGAAAUCAUGUGAGAAGGACGAAGGGGGAAAAGGGAAAGCGGGGAUUUCUUCAGGUUCUGAAGAAUACGUUUUCUCGCACUUUUGAGGAGGUGCUAAGGAAUAAGGAGAGGAGAUGCGUGGAGAGAACUCUUCGCACUCUUGCGGAAGUGAAUGCAAAGAAGAAGAGUGAACAGAGUAUCCUUCGUGGAGGUGCCAAAGGAGAUGGAACAGAAAAUUCUUCGUACACUCGUAGAGGUGCUGAAGAAGAUGGAACAGAAAACUCUUUGUACACUUGUGGAGGUGAUGAAGAAGAUGGAACAGAAUAUUCUUUGCACACUCGUAGGAAUCGUUAAUAAAUUCCUGUCAUUCAAAGGCUGGAUUCCUUUGGGUAGACUCACCUAUUGUGUUUAUCUUUUGCAUCCGAUCAUUAUACGAUCAAUUAGUUUAUACAAUGAAACAACAAUACAUUUAGAAUUUCUGCCGUUUGUUGUUCUAUCUAUGGGAUACAUUGUGGUUAGUUACUUUUGCGCUUACGUAUUAUUUAUAACAGUGGAAAUACCUUGUCUUCUUUUAAUGCGAACGUUUAUUCAAAACCGUUCAACUAACAUAAUAGUUAAAAAGGUACUUUAAUAUAAAUCGCAUUUUAUGCAAGAUAUUAUAGCUAUUAAAAAGACGAUAUUUCUCUAAUUUAAUAAAACUGUGAACUUUGUCACAAUUUA